UCUCGGAGAGGAUGGAAAAUGACGGUCUUUCCUCGUUUCCGUCUACCCCGGUUUCGAGACUCGAGCGUCAAACCUCUCACCGGGUACAUCCAUCGGAGGUCCGAUCGAACGGCGACAGGUCCGCCGGCUGAAUUUUCAUCGGCCAAAGUUUCACUUUCUCCCGUGCCAUGCUCCAACGAGCGGCGGCUCGUUGACCCUGUCCAAUCGAGGGACCGAUCUGGGCCAUUUCCGGUGGAACCGCCGCGAGCCCUUCCGCGACCGGCCCAGGGGAAAGGAGCGUCCCCUACCGUUCCUCCUGGUCGGACAAUUUCUAUUAUUUUACGCAAAGCGCGUCGAGCGGUCCCUCGGGAACUCGGCCGAGGGCAUUUUCUUUCGCGAGCAUCCCUCUCUCUCUUCUCUCUGUACCGGACAGGUACAUUUCACCUGCACGAACUCUCGUGUCCGGGUAAAUCCGAAGUUUAUGCCGCCCGUCAGCGACAGAGCCAGAGGAGAACUUCGGCUUCUGUUUCCGAGCGGACCGUUCCGGUUAGUCUCCCGCGUUACGCGAGCACCCCCGGAAAUGGGACGAUUAUGAAGAUACAUCGUUUUUCGAUGGUUAUCGCCAAAUUUCCUCCAAAGCGUGGAGGGUCGUUUCUGCCGCAUCGAACGACGGAAAGGACGGAGCCGAGUCCUCCGUUCACCGCCCGCGACCGAUCCGCUCGCCGCACGAAUUUACGCAGGUGCGUGCCGAUCCUCCCCCGAGUUACGGGAAUACCUGUAAUACGGAUCCCUAACUGGUCCGUUACUCCUCCCGCGCGUUUCCAGGAGUCGUCUCAUGCAUUCGAUAUUUAUGCCGGCUAAUUAAUGCGUCCUGCCUCCGUACUCGCGUAGGAGAACCCGCGCUCGCGGGAGCCACGGGUCGAUUACUCCGUUUGCUCCUACCAUUUUUUAUGCCGGUAACCGUAUCACCUAGCCGAUUAAUUGGCACGUCGGCGAAGAGCCGUGGAACAUUUUACCUACUUUUCUGUAUUUCUUUGCAUAAUUUUUCUUUAUCGAUAAGUCGAGUCGGGUAUCGAUUUGACCACUAAUUAACGCGUUUAGAAAUAUCUAGACUCCGGAGAACGGUUAUUCGGGCACCUCGCGCCCAUUACCCGCUAACACUCGCCACUUCGUCGUCGCGCUCUCGUGCAAUAAUUACGAAUUCCCCGUAACUGCGGCGUAAUCCGCCCGUAAACCCUGGGGAUCCGUGCACGCGUCUACGUAGAGCGGUACUCCCAUUAUCGUGACCCGGUUCCUUUCGGGCCGCGACGCUGCCCGACUACCGAUUUCGAGUCGUACAGUUAGAGGUACACGGUCUACUCCGUGAUGUACCGUAUUUAAUCCUAGAGGCCCUAACCAUAUGUACGAAGGGGUACGUUGAUUGGACCCAAACGCGAUACGCUACCGGUACGCGAAUGUACCGGGGUGUACCCUCGUGUCUGCACUCGUACGUCCGGCAAAUACGAAAGCGACGUUCUUGCACGUAAGCGUUUAAUUCGGCUGCCAAUGGGUACGACAACUGGCAAAGGUCUAAUCGCUACACGAGAACCGUAAGCCUGUGUCGUUACCAUCGAGGUGCACGUAAAAGGACAUCCGUGCUCGGUACCUCCCAAAAUGGUCCCGUAUGUAGAGGCCGUGAUUCAACGCGCCGACGUCGAGGCUGAGGACUUGCGCGAUUUUUUUAUAUUUUUUUCUACCCACUUUCCUCUAUUUAUUUUACGCCGUUUUACGGCUCUUCUGUGGACCAUUCGAAAAAUCGACCGCGUAAACGCGGCGGAACCAGCUCGAGAUUCGAGCGAUCAACUUUUAUUGGGCUCGGUUUCAAAAAUGAAACCCCGUAAAGCGGAUAGGAUAAAUAUAGGGGAACGCGAGGAGAAAUGGCGGUCCGAAAAAUCGGAGCUUCGAAGUAAAAAUCGAAUUCAGCCGGCGUUAGAAAGUCCUCGGCGAGAAAGUGAGAAAAACGAUCGGAUAGAUCGCGAUUCGUAUUGCGCGAUCGAUCCCUUUCUCGGGUUUCCUAUUUUUCUAACUUUUCGCUCUCGAUCGUGUGCCUGAGAAAGGAAAGGAUUUUUUUAACGGGCCUUGCGAGGAAGGUGUCUCGAUGGUUCGCGUUUUGGAUCAGUCAGAAUAAUUGAAUGGGAUUUUAUUCCUCUUCCGUUGAGUACUGGACCGGGAAUUCGCGCAGUUUGCGGAUUCGGUAAUCGCGACUCGAUCGAACGGAACUUUUCCUCGGGAGGGGACUCCGUUUUUUUAAACCAGGGGCGUGAAAUUUAAAUCGACGGGUCGCUGCCCGCGGCAUGCGAAAAUAUCCGGACUCGUUUCGAACAAAAGUCCCCGAGCCAUUCGGAAAUAUUGAAGCCCCUGUUAACCCACCGAAGCAUGAGUUCAUAAAGCCGGGGUACAAAAGGUCCUUUACGUCCCUGAAACGUUACGAAAUUCUAUCCGCUCCGGGCAAACUGUCCAGAUAUUUAACAAUCACCUUUCCAACGCGAGGUCACGGUUUGAAAAAGAAAAAAAAAAAUUGGGAGUCCGCUUUUACGAGGUGCCGACACGUCGCAAUUAAUUAAAUAAUUAAUGUCGCGGUGAUCCUCUCCCUCGCGCGAGGAUCAUCCGCGCACUCGGGAUUGCGCAAAGUCCUCGGUGAAAUAUUACAUGUACGUUAUCUUUAUUUGGUUUUGACGAGCGUGCAACUAUUGGCGCAAUCCCGGGCAAAGGAAAUCCCGUGACUCGGCGACUCCUCGAAGGUCCGUCCUGGAAUGCUCUCGUAAUCGCAAUCGCUUGAUUAAAAAAUUAAUUCCAACGGCUGUUAAUCAGUCGGCGGUGGUUAAUUGGCCGGAGGGCAUAAUCCGCGGGAAUGCUCGGGUAUGUUGGAAAUUUAUCUCGUGGAGAUCGGUGACGAGUCCGAAAGAAAAUCCUUGGCCGGUCAGAAUCCGGAGGAGCACUCGGCGAUUCUUUUGAAAGCCGAUCUCACGCAUCCCGUGGCACUCCCCCGCGUCCUCCCUUCGCGGUUUUUUGAUUUACCGAACGGCGUAUCUCCUUCGCGCGGUUAGUUUCGGUUACCUAACCGCAUUCCAAUAAGUUUCCUCAUAUUUCUUCGGGUUUAGACACACUCGCCGAGUAUCCGGUUGCCUGCGGUUGCACCCUACGAUUUUGUUUACUCGCAUUCUCCUCGCGUGUCCUUUUCAUCCUCGUCGCGAAACUCCUCUCGAGAGCUUCCACUCGUCCUUCCAGGAGACCGGAAGACUUCGAGCCGAUCGACGACAAAUUUCAUCCGCCGUCCUGCUCCUCGGAGAAAUGCAAUUUAUUACUUUCCUCGGUAUACGGAAUUCGCCGGCUUACCUCUUCGACUUUAAACUCCUCCGACCUUGACCGAUUGGACGUUGUUCCCGAUGAGUUUCCAAUCGAUGGCGCCUUCAUCGGGACAAGAUAUCGGAAGUACGUACAAACUCGGAAAAUUCGCAAAAUUUCCGGUCAAAGCUUUCGGUAGCUACGAUUAAAUAGAAACGUUUCUGUACCUUGGGAAAAAAAAAUCAAGCUCGAAAUUCGGCUGGUUUUAAUUAAUUAAAUUCUUAAUUCAAGGGGGGAAAUUAAAGGGCGAUAGGGGACGAGGGAUCGUUUUUUUCGGUGACGUUAUUUUCUUCCGCUGGAUCGAAAACGAUUCGCUAUCGCGGUGGAACUGUAACGUCAUCCUGAUACGCGAUUAGAACGAAUAGGUAGGAGGGGAGCCCCCUCCAUAUUUAAGUUUGACAGUUCGUAGCCAUCGCACUGCCUACUUUCCUGCAGUUCACCAGUGCGAAUUGGCACAGGCGGUACUUCUCCGUCGAGGUACUCCGCACGAUGCGUUUUCUCCUCCGAGUUUUAUAACAAUCCGCUCGUUACUUUUUUUAACCCAAAAUUCACGUCCGACCGAUUUCUCGUGAUUAAAUCGACCUCGCCUCUUCCGCGUUUCGGAACGCUCGUAGUGCGACUCGAAUCCGGAUUUUCAUGAAAUAUUUUACGAUAAAUCGCGUAAUCGAAAAAAAAAAUUGUAAAUUAUCGUACAGUGGAAAAGUGAGUCGUUGAAAAUAUGUUCUGCGUAGUGAGCACGUGGUCGAGGGCUAUGCCUUAAGGAUUAUUCAUAGAUACUGAAUAAUUUUUUAAUUUUGUGCCCUCGGGUGUUUAAUGUUUCCAGUGUUUAACCUUUUCGCAUUAAAUAUAUUACCGGCGACGUGAAAUCCGGCGGAAUUAAGGGGCGUGGGGGUUACUUAAUUACAUUUUGUGAAAUUUUGGCCGUGAUCGGGAAGCGUUGAUCCGUUUCGACGAUCCGAAAGCGUGGUUACUUACACUUGGAUCUAGUUACUCGAGCCGCUCCGGAGAGGGUUAAUCGAAUCGUUACAAAGUACAUAAUACUAACUGCAUCCGGUCACGUAACUAUAGCGGACGGUGAAGAAUAGCAGGAUAUUACAGCUGGAUUCCGUUAUUUGAGAAAACAUUCCCCCUACGCGGAUGCAUCGACACGUUGUACAAAUAUUUCACUUCCCCGCCGCUGUCAGUACCGAAAUUUAGCUCGCAUAAUGUCAAAUUUCUGUUGCACGCUGCACUCGGCAUUUCGCCGGACGGUACCCCAAGUCGUAAAACACGUGAAAUGGAUUAUUUUUGAUAAAUUGCAAUUAACGCUCAAUGCCCCGUAAGUGGACUCAUUUACCUAAUUACCCACUCAACGAGUCGCGCAACAAUUUACUUCCGCGGUAAUGAGGAAAUUCGCGAGGUCGUUCAAUUCCGUCAACGAGCGCGCUUUCCAGAGGACGAGGGCCCCGAAUGUUGAUACGACUAAAAUUAUCACUCGCGCCUUAUCUCGCUCGAUACUCCAUGCUCUUAUCAAGGGAAACAUCGGACAAUUAAACCCGUGUUUAAUAAAAGCCACCGAGUUUGGUCAACUUCGCCGGAGGCUCCGCAAACCUCGACGAGACGAAUCAGACUCGGCGAAGGUUAUCUCGCGGCGGUUUUUAAUUUCGCGUCGUUCGAGAGACCGGUCGUCCUUUUUAUCGGGGGCUAGGACGUGCCCUGUAUUUUAUGCAAAUGCAGUCGGAGCCUCGUAUAAAGGUCGCGACGGUCAAGACUCGAGUCGCGAGUCUUAUCAGCGCGAUAGCCGUGAAGUCGUGCGGGAAAUCAACGCGUUCGCGGGGAGGGAAUUUUUUAUUUUUGUGGGCGUCAUGUCGAGGGCAAAAAGAAAAAGUAUUUCGCGCUCGUUAUUAUUCAACGUCUCCGAGUUUUCAUACGUGUGGCCUCGAAAAACUCGCCGCUAAAGAGGAACGAACGGUACCGCGUGAUAUAUCGGAGUGCACCCAUUCGAAGUGCAUCGGUGCACACCUCGCGCCAAGUGCACUUCGCGCUCGUCUAACGCCCCGGGAGGCUCGAUGGCGUGUUUUUAACGAUGCUUCCGAUUCCCCGGCUUUUUCGCGAAACUUCCCAUUCCCUGGCCGAAAAAAGAAAAAUGGACCGGAGCCAGCUAAUUUGGGAAAUUAAUUGGUGCACUCUGCAUCCCUCUUACGCGUCGACGCUCCCCCUCGCCGUCGGGUCUUUUAUAGAAAUAAUUUGUUAAUUAACGAUUUAACGGGACGGUUCGAGCGAUCGCCCGGUGGGAUUGACUCCGUUAGCGAGACUCGGCCAUUCGCAGCGACCGAGAGCCCUGGGAGCAAUUCGAACGACGAGGGUACCGUUGGCACGUGCUCGGGGUUCAUCCGUUUUGUUUAAACGAUUGUCACGUAUCGACGAACCGUUUUCUCUUCGAUUAACCCAGUGCCAACGCCCGGAUGACCGGAACACCCGUUCCACGAGCGGGAUGGACGCUCGUCCACCGUUUUUCCUCAUUUUUCACAUUUUCCUCGCUUUUAUCCAACAAGAAAUUGAAUCCGGGUUUACGAGCAAAAUUCAGAAGGGCGGAAAAAAUUGACGGGGUUUUUCUUUCCGGACCAUUCGCGUUUCGAAAUCGACGGCGAUUCCCCACGGGUAGAUCUAACCUCUACGGCCGACGUGCCCGUUCCGUCGUUUCGAGGAUUCCGUUAUUCGCGCCGGCAAUCGGUAGAAAGUUAUGCAUACGGCAAUGGAAUUCGUGAUUACUUUCGUACUUUCGAAGGUAAGACGAGAAGCGAACUCGCGCCGGCACGGGUAAUUGCGCGAAUGCCCUCGGUGCACUCGGUGCACACUUCGGAAGGGUCAUCCGCGCGAGGAUCCCCUCCGCUCGUCGCCGAGAUCCAUUAAUCGCUCCUCUCUUUCUCUUGAUUUGAAUUUUAUUUAAAUUUCCUGUAAAAGGAUGCGAGGCCCGGCCCGACGGGAGCACCGACGUGUGGGGAAUUUCACCGGCCUCCUUUGAGGGAUUUCGAGUAAGAUGCAACUAACCGAGUAACACGCGAUGCCCGUUCCUCCCCCUCUUUUGUGUCUUUUUUUUUCCUCGUUUCGACCGACUCUCCGAUCGGACCGUGCACGAGGGGAAGGAGAGGUUCGCUUCCUGCGCGGAUGCGUGUUCGAGCGCAUCGUAAAUGCACUCUCAUGGAGGCUUUCAGCGCGCAAAGAAACGGCCGGCCUCGUCUAGUCGGUCAAAUAAAUGCAUUUCCCGGGUUUUUGCCGAGUUUUUGCCCCGCAAAUGGCGCGCCCCCGUUACGGCCCCGGUUAGGAGUCAUAAAUCAUAAUCCGACACCUCGCGCGUCGUCGCGCCAAUUUUUCAACGUCCUCGGUCCAGGAAGGAUUCUCCUCGCGAGGGCUUUAUCUCCCGAGGAAAAGUGCACUUUGGAAGGCGCGUCUCGUUCGGAGACCCGCGGAGAAAGUGACGGAAUGCCCCAACGCUUACCGGGUUUCAUCGUUUAUUAAUCGGGAGAGGAUCGCGAAAAAUAAGGCCCGAAUAAAAUUAUAAACAAAGGAAUCGAUUUCCACAAAAUCCCCGCGGUGUUCUCAAGCGCGAUAUAAGAUUCCGGGAAAUUCUCCUCUCCACAGGGGUGGAGGAAAAAUUAGGGAAUUCGAGUCGCCGCGGUCGUUGUUCGGUCUCGUUCUCGAUAAAAAAUGAAUGGAGAGGCGAGAGGCGAUCGCUUCCGGGUAAGAAUGCAAAGUCGCCGGGUGAUUCGCCACGUCGUAACUUUCACAUUCAGCCCGGGAGAGAGGAAACUCUCCGGGGAUUGAAUAAUCGGCUUGAAAUUGUCCCACGAGUGCAGCUCCGUUGAAUACCGGGCCCGGUAUUUUCGCGCAACAAGGACGACGACGUUAAGAUGUGCAUCGCUCCUGCGCCGCGCGAUACGAGGAGGAACAAUCGCGUCGGGUAAAAGGGAAGACAAUGGGGAAUCUCGACUCGGGGUGCGAACGGUGAUAACUGCGCGAACGAUGCGAUCGAUCGGAGCAGGGCGAGUGCAAGAUCGGUGGCCCGGGUGCGGUCUCGAUCUCUGAAGAUCGAGGUUCCCGAGUCGAAGGAGUCGAUUCCUCGCUCAAAGGCGAGGCGCCCUCGAGGAAUCGAGGAAUCGAGGAAUCGAGGAGGAGACACCAUGUUCGGCACCACCAUGGUGGAGCCGCGAGAGCGCAGGUCACCGUGUGCCCAACACGGGCACCACCACCAUCGCCACCACCACCACCACUAUCACCAAGUGAUAAAGACCACCAGAGUGCACCAGACCUCGAGGUCCUCCAGAGUCGUCACCGUGCAAGAAAAGGUCAUCAGGUCCAGACUGCAGCUGGGAUACUCCACGCCCACCGCCUUUAUGAAUCGUUUCCCACAAAAGAUGGAGCGGCCCUCGCACACCGGAAGCCUGGGCCAGGUCCACGGGAGCGGGAUGCAGCACGGGGUCUACUCUUCCGGGAGCCAGGCGACGCUUUCGACAUCCUACAUCACGGGCCAGUCGUACAUCCAGAGUCAGAAUUACGUACACAGCUCGUACCCGGCCACGUCCCAGGCUUACCCUCACUACGGCCAGUCGCAGAAUUACGGGACCCUCGGCCAGGGCUACAACACCCAGGCCCAGCAGGGCUACCAACAGGCCCACCACAAAAAGGGCCCCGUCAGGAACGGCGACGUCCUCAAGCGCUGCAGACUCCAGACGGCGUACGAGCUCUCGCAGGAUCUAUUGGACAAGCAAAUCGAAAUGCUGGAAAGGAAAUACGGGGGAGUAAAAGCGAGGAACGCGGCCCUGACGAUACAGCGGGCCUUCCGGAGGUACACGCUGCUGAAGAAGUUCGCGGCGAUCACCGCGAUGGCGAAGGCGGAGAAGCGACUGAGCAGGAAGCUCCAGGACUCGGCCGACCGGGCCGGGAACCCUCCGGAGGCCGAACGAGUGGCCUACCACGGGCAGAUUUACGUCCAGCAGCCGCAAUCGACGAGUCGACCCAUGCCCAUCAGGAGCAUGUCCCUGAGGGAGAGGAGGCCCCUCGACGGGUCCCAGUCUCCCAUUCCCAGGAGCCAGAGCGGUCGCUGCGAGAUUCAGAUGACCCCUGGGCACCAGGUCAACGCCGGACACCAGAUGAGCAACCACGCUCUCCACCAAACCGGACGACACACGCCCUCUCUGACCCCGAGCCCCUGCGCGAGGCACCAGCCUCCCCCGAGUCCUUGCUGGGACUCCAGCUCUCAGGAGAGCGGAUCCAGCAUCCACUACUACAAUCCUCAGGAAACGCUGUGCGGCCUGCGGCAAGAGACACCCCCCAGGGACCUGCACAGAACCCCGUGCACCUCGCCCUCGACCCCCCACAACCUGCAGACCCCUCUGGCCCAGUCCUGGGGCACCUCGUCUCAGCUGGGCUCGGGGGGACGAGCCAGGGGAUCUGGGAAAAAAGUCCCGCCGGAAGUCCCCAAAAGGACCUCCUCGAUCACCUCGAGGUCCAUGGAGCCCCGGCACAACGGCCUGAGCAAGAGCGUCGAGAACGGAAGUCUCAGUUCCGUUCAGAGUUCCGGCAGCGAUUCGACCAAUUGCGAGAGCUCCGAGGGCGACGUUCACAGAGGGUCGCCAAUUUGGAAGCACAAGGGAAUCUCAAGCUCUCCGGAGCACCAAGAAUGCGGCCAUCCAGCGGAGAACAACAGCGGGAUGAGCAGCGGCAAAGAUCUCAAUCAUUCCCAUGCCAGCUCGGGGUACCAGCUUCCGUUGAUGGACCACACGGAAGCGCCUCCUCAAACCACUUGCAAAGUAUCCGAAACCGUCAGGAAGCGUCAGUACAGAGUCGGCCUGAACCUCUUCAACAAGAAGCCGGAGAGGGGAAUCAACUACCUGAUAAGACGAGGCUUUUUGGAGAACAGCCCCCAGGGAGUGGCCAGAUUCCUUAUCAGCAGGAAAGGACUGUCCAAACAGAUGAUCGGCGAAUAUCUUGGGAAUCUGCAGAACACGUUCAACAUGGCCGUGCUAGAGUGCUUCUCGCACGAGCUGGACCUAUCGGGGAUGCAGGUGGACGUGGCGUUAAGGAAGUUCCAGGCGUACUUCCGAAUGCCAGGAGAGGCCCAGAAGAUCGAGCGACUCAUGGAGGUGUUCAGCCAACGCUACUGCCAAUGCAAUCCUGACGUGAUAUCCAGGUUACGCUCCGCGGACACCGUCUUCGUCCUGGCCUUCGCCAUCAUCAUGCUCAACACCGACUUGCACACCCCGAACCUGAAACCUGAGCGCAGAAUGAGGCUCGACGACUUCGUGAAGAACUUGAGGGGAAUCGACGACUGCGGCGACAUCGAUAGAGACAUUCUCGUUGGGAUCUACGAGAGAGUCAAAGCGAACGAAUUUAAGCCCGGCUCGGACCACGUCACCCAGGUGAUGAAGGUCCAGGCCACGAUCGUGGGAAAGAAGCCGAACAUGGCUCUACCCCAUCGAAGACUAGUCUGCUACUGCAGGCUCUACGAAAUACCCGACAUCCAUAAAAAAGAGAGGCCCGGGGUCCAUCAGAGGGAGGUCUUCCUCUUCAACGACCUCUUGGUGGUCACCAAGAUCUUGAGCAAGAAGAAGAACAGCGUCACUUACACCUUCAGGCAGAGCUUCCCCCUUUGCGGCAUGAUUGUCACGCUCUUCGAAGUUCCCCACUAUCCUUACGGGAUAAAGCUCUCGCAGAGAGUCGACGGAAAGGCGCUGGUGACGUUCAACGCCCGGAACGAGCACGACCGGUGCAAAUUCGCGGAAGAUCUGCGGGAGUCCAUCAGCGAGAUGGACGAAAUGGAGACCCUGAGGAUCGAGACGGAGCUCGAGCGGCAGAAGAGCAGCCGAGGUGCCAGGGGAAGUGCCGAGAACCGCGACUCCGGGGUCGCCGACGUCGAGGUCUGUCCCUGUCCUGGUCCCUGUCUGGAGAGAUCCGAGGCCGUCGACGUGGACACGCAGCUUAAGCGCUCCGCUCUUAGCAACUCUCUCCUUGACAUACACGAGCAGUUCGCUGGAGAGAAACCGCAACGCCGUGGUAGCGUGGGUUCCUUGGACAGCGGUAUGUCGAUUUCAUUUCAAUCUACUUCCGCCAGCUCGAUGAGCCAGGGCGUGAAACACCCGGGCCAGGUUCACUCUGUGCACCCUGGAGCUACGAUCCCUGGCGGUAAAGGGUUGUCACAGCAGCCGUCUUUUUUAGGGGGCCUAUUCGCCAAGCGUGAACGAAAGCUGUCCCAGUCCGAGGACACUAGCCCGUACAGCCGCACCACCGAAGUCUAAUCGAGUACUUCGACGUGUCUUGUAACGUACAUUGGUUUCAUGAGCGCGCACCGGAAAUGGGCAGAUUUUAUUUAUAUCACUUUCCGUUUUAAUUACCUUGCCGUUUAUUUCGGUGUAUACGUGGAAACGCGAAAAGCCUUUUAUUUGCAAUCAUUCGCGAUUUAGCGCGAUCAGUAAUUGAAAACUUGUAAUGACUUUUAAGGGUGUUUAAUUAUGCCCAUCUCUGGUGCGCGUACUCACAGAGGAACGCGUACGCACAGGGGCAGGCCAACGAAAAAUGAUCAGUUAGUUUUCUCUCGAACCAAAAAACUAUCUCGAAAUACCUUCCAGGUUACUAUACGUAAGGUUUUAGAGAGUUGGAAAGGCUGACAAUAGUUGUAGCGACUCAACGUUUAGAGUUUGUAUACCUCGUUGACCAGUUUUCCGGGAGAUGUGAACGAGUUUAUUAAUGGGGAAUCUAUACUAUGGACUAAUUAGAUGUCGUACCGCUACCUUCUAUCGUGGACACUUUGUUACAUUGCCUAGGGUGGUACAAUUUUGACUCUUUUGGCUCUGGAAUUUUUUCGAAACUCUGGAAGAAUUAACUCUACCCUCCCUUUUUUUCCCGCUAUUUGACAAACGAGGGUGUAAUAUUCGACGCUAUUAAAAUUCAAAUUUGCCCGCGUCUGUAAAAUAUAUCAGGGCCAAAAGGAUUGACAGAUCGAGUAAUGAAUAAACGGCAAUUUUAAAGUUGAAGCGAAUAUAGCUGCAAUAAAGUCGUCCGAUCAUACAUUUUUAAUGAUAUAGAAACACUUUGUGAAACUCUCCAACUCUUGCUCAGGGUACUCGUUACCACCCCUUUUGUUUAAAAGUAAAAAUAGUUAAUAACUAAAUGAUCAUUCUAACUGGUCCUUCCUGUUAUCUACUGUACAUGUAUGAUGCAAAUAUUAUAUUCUUUACAGAAUUUGUUUAAUGCACCCUGCACGUUGUGGGUCGUAUAUGUCAUCAUGGAUUUUUCUCGAUUUUUGUUUUUAACAUUUUGCAUCAAACUUGACUUUAGUCUUUUAUGGUCAUUGAAGAACAUUGCAGUAAUUCUCUUGCUUUCCGCUAAAAGUCAAGGUUUGAUAAGUGCAAUUUUAUUAAUGUUCUCCCCCUUAAGAUACGAGAAUCUGUACCUCGGUACAUCACAAGAUAAUGCGUACGUUGAUUUAAUUAACGGUGGUAUAUAAAAUGCAUGCAUAAUAAUUUUCUUUCCCAAGUGCGGUAGUCAGUUGGCGGUGUGUCCUCCUCGUGUAAGUUUAUUUACGCCUCUGCUAGCUGUAACAGUUCGCAUAAUCGUUUUAAUUCUUAUUUAUUCUGUCUCUGUAUAUAAAUAUAGCAUUAACUACAAAUGGACAAGUUAUUCUUCUCUGGAUAAAAAGUUUUAAUGAUAGGCAGAAAUUCCAAAUUCAGCACGUUUCUAACAACGGCAAUUUCACACAUUUAUUGCUUUUUCGUAAUUGUAUAGACCUCUCGUUUUUUCAUUUCUCCCAGAACACCUUUUCGCUCGUACAUUCGAUGUUUCAAACGAUACAACAAUCUUCGUCAAUUUUACGAAGCAUCGUUAAUAUCCCAUAUUUCCUCGUGUUUCUAUAAAUUUUUCAUAUCUAUCAACAAACGUUUCCUGUUGGAAUGAAACGAUUACUGCAAUAUUAUACAUCACUACACGAGAGGGAAAUAAUUGAUAAGACUUCCAUGAUUAAUACGCUCUCAUUUUCAUUAUCCCUACACGAGAGUCAUGACAACCAAAGUGGGAAAAAUUACAUGAAUAAUGUAUAAAAUGCAGAUAUUAUUUAGAGUCCGAAUUUGGGCGUACAAAACAUGCUCAUGAUUUUAUCAAACGUAUAUCUUCAAGUUAAAAGUUAUACAUGCAUUUCCUGCAGAAUAUUUCAUGAAUGAUUAAUAUAAUAAAUCACGAAUAUGUAAUCAAGAUGUGGAAUAUACAUAUACAUAUGUUCCUUAAAAGUAAGCAUCGAUAACGAUAAAGAUUAUUAUAAAAACUGAAAUGUUCUGAACACCCAAUGCCGGACAUGAUAUCAUUUUAUGCGUGAUCUGUAUAAUUUUUCCACCGGGGAGAAUAGCACGUAUACGAAGUGCUCCCAAAGAAAAGAAAAAAUGAAAUAUUAUAAAAUUUGCAAUAAGUCAGCGUCAUGCGGGAAAUCUUUCUGAUCAGGCAGGAUCCGAUCAGGUGGGUUUCGAAUUUGAAGAAAAUUAAAUUAAUCCUCCCACCCAAUUUACGCGUACUAUUUAUUCGUCGAAGGAUUGUUGGAUCCCCCUUCGUUCGCUGUUUAUAGGUCCGAAAUAAAGAUUUGUAACAUAAUCCGUUCGUGUGUAGAUAUAUAUAGAGUUAUUAAUUCGGACCGGUGUAUUUGUACAUCGCGAAAUGAUCGUACGCAUACCCUGCGGAAUCGGUCCUAAGUAGAUCUUAAGGGAUUAAAUUAAAAUAUACAUGAGAAAUAAUUAACGACGGACUCAUAAGUUGGGACCGAGGAUGAUUACUUAUCAGUGGUCAGUGUUAAGUCAGAGAUUAUUACAUAAGUAUUAUUCCAUUACCUAUGCCCUACAUUUACAUCACCUUCAUCAUCAUCGUCGAUUAUUUGUAAAUAAUAGGCACGUAACACCUGUACAAUUUAUCCUGUACAAUGAUUGCAGUCUAAGUCGCUUACGAUUACUAUUGAUGUUAGAUGCAUGUUGAUGUUACAAAAUAUCAAGGAAGCGGUUGGAGAUGUCUUGUUAUCGAGAUACAAACCUAGAAAUCUGAAGUCUUAUCAGAUCGUGGAAGUAAAACGCAUAUGUAUAAUUAAUCGACCAGAUUUUCACGCCGAAGAAAUGCAGUUUUCAUGUUAUUUAUAAUAUCUUUGAUUUUAAAAGGGAAUAUAUUUUUAAUGAUAAUAUUUUAUAAGUUCAGUUCAUGAGAUGCGUGUUACACUUAAUUUGUCAUGUUUUAUCCAGGUUUUGUAUGUCGAUGUCAUGAGACUCCUAUCAGCUCAUUAGUUCGAAUUGAGAGUGCAGCGACAAUUUAGUUAUGAUAUAAACGAUGUAACUUCGCUCUGAAAUUCUGUCGAGAAUUAAUCGUCAUGUACAUAACAUUGCUGAUUGUAAUACGAACAGUUAAUAAAUACAAGGUACGAUUAAAACCAAUAAUUUUCUAA